AUGGGUUGCGUGACGUCCAAGCAAACGGUGUCCGUAACGCCGGCUGCAUUGGAUAACUCCGGGGCGCUAACUGGAGGAUCCGAAUUGGGUUCAGGUCGGAGCCGGGUGUGUAGCGGUGGUGGGUUGGAUUUCAACUUGAAGAAGUUGAAGAAGAGAUCGAAUGAGUCGGGGAGCGAGUUGGGCGAGUCCGGACCGGCGAGUUCGAACGGGUGUGGGAGUGAAUCAGUGAGUUUUAGGCUGGGGAACUUGCACAGGUAUGUUGAAGGGGAGCAGGUGGCGGCUGGGUGGCCAGCUUGGCUUAGCGCGGUGGCUGGUGAAGCCAUUCAGGGAUGGGUGCCAGCUAAAGCCGAGUCUUAUGAGAAACUUGAAAAGAUUGGUCAGGGUACAUACAGCUCUGUAUUCCGAGCUCGUGACUUAGAAAGUGGGAAAAUAGUUGCUUUGAAGAAGGUGCGAUUUGACAAUUUUGAACCAGAAAGUGUUCGUUUCAUGGCUCGAGAAAUAAUGAUUCUUCGCCGGCUUGACCAUCCAAAUAUUAUAAAGUUGGAAGGAUUAAUUACCUCUCGAUUAUCAUGCAGCAUAUAUCUGGUGUUUGAGUACAUGGAACAUGAUAUCUCAGGGCUACUAUCUUGCCCAGGCAUCAAGUUCAGUGAAGCACAGGUUAAAUGCUACAUGAAACAGUUGUUGUCUGGUCUUGAGCACUGUCAUUCUCGGGGUGUAAUGCACCGGGAUAUUAAAGGUGCAAAUCUCCUGGUAAAUAAUGAAGGAGUUUUGAAGGUGGCCGAUUUUGGUUUAGCAAAUUUCUGUAGUUGCGGGCAGAAGCAACCCCUUACCAGUCGAGUAGUCACCUUAUGGUAUCGUCCUCCUGAGCUUUUGUUGGGCUCAACAGAUUAUGGACCUUCUGUGGACCUCUGGAGUGUUGGAUGUGUAUUUGCUGAACUUCUCAUGGCUAGACCAAUCCUUCAAGGAAGGACUGAGGUUGAACAGUUGCACAAAAUUUUCAAACUCUGUGGGUCCCCUCCAGAUGAUUAUUGGAAAAAAUCUAAACUUCCUCAUGCAACUUUGUUUAAGCCGCAACAUCCUUAUGAGAGCUUUCUUUGGCAGACCUUCAAAGAUCUACCAAAGACAGCUGUUAUACUGAUAGAAACUCUCCUAUCUGUGGAACCAUACAAGCGGGGAACUGCAUCCUUGGCCCUGGAAUCUGAGUAUUUCAAGACAAAGCCUUAUGCUUGUGACCCCUCAAGCUUGCCAAAGUACUCACCAAGUAAAGAAAUUGAUAUUAAACAUCAAGAAGAUGCAAUCAGGAAGAAGUCUGGUGGAAGAACCCGACCUGAAACAAGGAAGCCUACCAGGAAACAGAAUGGAAUCAGUAAACUGGCACCAGAAGAGAACUUGCCUGUUAAAACUCGAGUCAAGCCUAAAAUUAAUGGCAAUGCUUUAAGUAUUCGCAAUGGCGAUAAAGUCUUAGGUCUGGACCUUCCAAAGCCAUCAAGAGAUGGAACAGAAGAGAUGGCAUCUCAUGUAAAGAACGCAUCUCAAGGUGAUGAUACCUAUUUGGGUCCUUUACAAGUUUCAGGAUCCAGUGGUUUUGCAUGGGCAAGGAGACGGAUGCAUGAUUCAUCAGUAAGAUCACGGAGUCGGUCUAGUUCCAGAAGUCUAAUUUUUGAACCUUCGGGCAUGUUGCAAUCGAGAAAUAACUUGGAUUCACGAGUGGAAGAGAACAAUGAAGCUGUAAAUGGACAUUGUGCUGAUUCAAAAGAUCAUGACUCUUGUGAAGCCUUCAAACAUUCAAUGCUUAAACAGUGGAGCCAAUUAGAACGUCCAGAUUCCUUUGAUACGUCUGAUGGAUACCACUCUCAGGAACUGUCACUGGCCCUUUAUCAGAAAGAUGAAUUGGCUGCCAAGAGAAUCAGUUUGGUUUAUCAGAAUCAGGCGGAGAAGGUUGAAUUUUCAGGACCUUUGCUCUCUCAAGCACAGAGAAUCGACGAUCUCUUAGAGAAACACGAGCGUCACAUCCGUCAGGCUGUUCGAAGGUCAUGGUUCCAAAGAGUCAAGAGAAAUGAAAAGUAA